AUGGAGCUUCUCUUCCUCGUCUGCAGGGAAGGCUCUGAUCUCAAGGAAUAUCUGAUGCCGCCUUACAAGGAGAGCGUAAAGAGCUAUGUCGUGGGCACACGCAUCGAGCAAGAUGACAAGAGUGUGGCAGAGGAGCUCCGGGAAAAGGUGGAGGUGCACUGCUUGCUGCUGGUGCGGAACCAUUACGAGGAGCUUAAGGCGUCGCAUAUUGCAAGAUCAUGGGGCGGACGCUGCAACCAUUUGCACAUCGAAAAGACGGGGAAAGAUGGCUACGAGCUCCGCACCUAUUUAAAAAUCUAUGAGCGGCACUCGCACUCCCUCCACUGGCUGCUGCACGUGCACGUCGACAGUUAUGUGAUUGUCGAAAACUUGCGCUACAUGGUGGCAGGACUCGCGCCAACGAAGCCCCUUUGCUUUCACGCUGAGCAUGCGCCCUAUCCGUACGCGCAUGUAGGAUUGCACAAAAGCAGGGACUUGCUUCUUAGUCAUGGUGCCCUAAAAGCGCUAGUGCAGACCCAGAUUUGCAUGGAUAUCGCUUUCGUAAUGGAUUGUUUGGAACUAUCUGGCAUUGAAGGUUUCAAUCAUACUGUUGAGUCCUAUCCAGUCAUUUUGCCUUAUGUGCGUGCUAAUCAGGUGCAUGUUUUGGACUUUUUUCUUUACCAUUUGCGGGUCUAUGGAUAUGUCAACUACCAGCCGGCGCUUCCGACAUCGGCAGAGUUUCACGUAAAGGCCCUGCCGUCGAAUAAUUUUCUCGGAAAGCAGCUUUACGGGAAGGUGCGCAUAUUUUGCCUGGUGCUUACAUUUCCCCUGCAGUACGGCAAAGUUGUGAAAGCCAUAAGGAACACAUGGGCCCGUCACUGCAAUAAGCUGCUGUUCUUUAGCAGUCGAACCCAACGUAUCUAUUCGAAUCAGACAAUAGCUCUUAAUGUCACCGAGGGCUAUGACAUUCUCUGGAGCAAGACAAAGGCGGCUUUCAAAUAUGUCUACGAACACCAUUGGCAUGAAGCGGAUUGGUUUUACAAGGCCGACGACGACACCUUUGCGAUUAUAAGCAACAUGCGCUAUAUGCUCCAUAACUAUCGGCCGGACGCACCCAUUUAUUUUGGUUGCAAUUUCAACCGAUAUUUGAAACAGGGCUAUAUGUCUGGCGGCGCUGGAUAUGUGCUCAGUCGAGAGGCCUUACGUCGCUUUGCCUUGUGGGGACUUUCCUCUUCUAACUGUACUAGUUCGUACCCAUCUGAGGAUUAUGGAAUGGGAUCCUGUCUAAGUUAUUGUAAUGUCACUGCUGGCGAUUCGCGUGACACGCAAGGCAGGCUACGCUUUUUUCCACUUCAAAUCGAGAAUUUUCUCAUAACCGCAAAUCGAAACAAGGAAUUUUGGAUUUGGGACUUUAUGAACUAUUUCCCCGAGUUUCAGGGCAUUGACUGUUGUUCCAGUUAUGCUAUUUCUAUUCACUAUACGGAGUACUAUCAAAUGUAUGUCUUUGAUUAUUUGAUAUUCAAAGAGCGACCUUAUGGCAUACGCAACGUGCACGUGCCUCUACCGGGACUCGGGACAAUACAACGGAAUAGUAGUUCGGAUAUAAUAUAACUCAAACAACGGAUAACAAAAGAUCAGUUCCUGCACUUCUUGUCUAUAAUAAAAGCAAAUACAAUUACAAUAAUCCAGAUAAAUUAGAUAUAGCAUUCAAAAGCAACCAAAUCUAUUUGCAUGCAUUAAAUCCCUAUUAAAUAUAUAAAUAUAUAUUUAUGGCGAACUUUUCAA